UGAUGUGAUGUGAAGUGAGGAGGAGGCAGAGGAAUGCUGGGAACGAUCCUCUGAUUGGAGCAGCGGCGCUGGGCGUGGAGGAGCAGCGUUCACAGCGAUGUCCAAGCGGAGACAUUUCCAGGGAUGCCGAGGUGAAUGAGAUGCGGCGGAGCUUCGGGGCGACACUCCUGCAAAUGCGCAGCGCGUGAUUUAUCGCGUUUUACCGGCGGUCAGCGCGUCAUCUCCGUCGCUGCUCUGAAGAUCUGCCACCGACGCUCGAGCUUCCUCAUAUGGACGUGUUAUCUCUGAAGCGUCAGUGCUGCCGAUCUUGAGCGGCACAAACGUGUGACUGAUUCAAACCAUGGAGCCCAAACCUGACUGCUGCGCCUCAUCCGUGCCCAACUCUCAGUGCGAGCUGCAGCUCAGCAUCUACGAGACCAUCAGCGAGGGCAGCGUGAAUAAGCUGGAGAGCUCAGCGCUGGUGCGCGCCGGCAGCGAGCCCAGCUCCUAUCCCUCCUCCAAACACCAGAGGUUCAUCCGCAGGAGCCUGUGGUUCACUGAUAAUGAUGAGCCCCAGGCCAACGACUGCAACCCAGAGUGUGAAGAGCAGGGGAAGAUGCUCAGCAUCAACCUGAGGACCAUUGUGGACCGAACUCUGGCCCUCCGAUCCGGUUUACAGGAGGGAUCGAGCACGGAGAGCCAGACGGCUCAGAAAGAGCUGGAGAGCGGCAGCACAGAGCUCAGAGCGGACGGCGUGAAGACUCACAUAAAGGCGUCCAGCGAGGAGAACGAGGAGGAGGCUGAGAUGAAGGCCGUGGCCACCUCUCCCAGCGGACGCUUUCUCAAGUUUGACAUCGAGAUCGGCCGCGGCUCCUUCAAGACGGUUUACAAGGGCCUGGACACGGACACCUGGGUGGAGGUGGCCUGGUGUGAACUUCAGGACCGCAAGCUGACGAAGGUGGAGAGGCAGCGCUUUAAAGAGGAGGCUGAGAUGUUGAAGGGUCUCCAGCAUCCAAACAUCGUGCGCUUCUAUGACUUCUGGGAGUCUCCGCUGAAGGGGAGAAGUGCAUCGUGCUGGUGA